UGUAACUUCCGUGUGGGUCAAAAUCCGAGUCCCUGCGUGAACUGGACCACGGAGUCCACCUGGAGACCCUGACAGCGCGUGACUGUAGGCGCCCUCUCGCCCCCAGACAUGGCAGAUCUGGCCGUUUCUGUCGCCGUCCUGGCCGGAGUCGUGCUGCUCUGCGAGGCGGCGAGGAGGUCAGUGAAAGCCGUGUUCUCCAGAGGGGAUUACAGCCUGUACCUGACCGAGGUCCUGUCCACUCUCCAGCUCUGCGCAUGCUCGCAGGAGCUGAAGCUGCUGGGGGAAAGUGGGCGCAUUCAGCCGCAGACCGGACUGACCCUCGUUUACCUGAUCACCGUCGUCCACGUCUCAACUUUCCACGGCGCGCUCUGUAACCCCUCGGGCGCCCUCGAGCUGCUGUACCGGGGGUCUCUGCGCCCCUCAGCCUCCUCGGCGUUGAUUGCGUGCCAGCUGAGCGCGGCGUGGCUCUCGCGCUACGCUGCGUCGUACCUUUGGUCGUUCGGACUGUCCGACCUCCACCUCGCUCACAAAGCGCAGGGAUAUCAGUGUUUCGACCCCAUCAGCGCCGCCCUGCCCGCUGCUGCGGCCGUGGAGAUGACCUGUGCGUUCGUCCUGCAAGCUGCGGUCAUGAACAUCGGCGCUUUCAGCGAGAACUUACGAGUCCACGUCAUAGCUGCUGUGAUUACGAGCCUGGCCUACGCAGGUGGUAGCAUUACUGGGGCAGUUAUGAACCCAGCUCUGGCAUUUUCACUACAGUUUCCCUGCUCUGGGCACAGUUUCCUGGAGUAUGCAUUUGUCUUCUGGAUGGGGCCCAUUUUAGGUACAGCCAGUGCAGUAGCAGUCUUUGAGAAGUUAAUUCCUUCACUAUUGAAGGGACGUACUAACGGGAAGAAAGUCAAGUAAAGAAGGGGCUAAGAAGAAAAGCCAGGAACUUCUACCUCGGUGUUGAAAUGCAUCCUCAGUCAUUUUGUCUUAAUCUGCGCACAAAUAUUUUAAUCGAUCAUUCAGCCACAGGUUCAUUUCCAGGGUUCUUGUUCUACAUAAUGUGAAGCAGCAUUUAAAACUGCCUAAUUUUUUAACACUAAUCUGUUGUGGGUGUCUGUGCAUGAGAGACACUGGAUAUCUACAGUGGACUGAAGUAUUAAGAUUAAUAUACUUUUAUUUUAAUAACUGUUGCAUCAUCUUGAGGUUUUAGGCUGCCUGUUGAAAGCCUGGAGCAAUGCUUGAGUGGGGAAGCCUCUUCCCCAAAAUCAUUACUGGGCCUUAAUGUAAUAUCGUUAAUUCUGUCUGACAUUAAAGUGAAUGAUGGUGUAAGUAGGGCUGGGCAGUGUAGCCAAAAUAUAUCACAAUACUUGAGGUAAUUUUCAUGAUACAAUUAGUAACAUGACUUCUGUUUCAGAUUUCAGAGCCUUUUUACGUCUUCAGAGAGGGCCUAAUGGUUUCUGUGAAAUAAAUGAAUUCUGUCAUUUUCAAUUUUUAUUAUUUAAUAUAAUUAUCAUGUUUGUUUAAUCCCUGAAAGUAUUGCAGCACUACUCAUUUCAUUGAUGUCUGGUUGGAAACAGAUGGGUUAAAUUCUUAAAACGCGCAACUGAAAACUGUCCAAUCAGGAUUUGUUUCUCUGGGGUAUCUAAGUAGAUACAGCCAAACGAGCUCUCCCAUUGGUUAGGACUUCAGGAGCUGAACCGAAAGCCUAAGUAAGAGUUAGGAAGAAAGAGUGGAAUCACCCAAUCACAUUUUGUUGUCAGAUGGGUGGGAUUCAUUUUGGGAGGAACAAAACUUCACUCUAGGCCUUUUUGAAGUUCUAGAUAUGUAACCAUCAGUGGUACCUGUGGUAGCCUGAACAAUGUGUUUGUCGGUUAUUAAUGCAAACAGCAGCUCUUUGUCAGGAGUCUUUACUGAAAAAACUGCAGCUUGCUAGGUGAAAUAUAUUAAUAAGUUUGUUACAAGCUUCAUAUAAAACACAGAAUGUGCACAUAUAGUCUAGAACCAGAAAAGGUUUGUGAAUUGCCCGUAGCUUAACACCAACAUACUAAGAAGAGUCCCAUAGGUGUGCUAGCAGAAAUAAGCAUUAUUGUAGAGGUGUUUUUUUCUCGUUUUUGACCACAAUUUGAUAUUUGUGGAUCAAACUGAUAGCCCAGUUCUAAUACUUAGGGUUUGCCACUGGUAGUGCCAAAAAAAAACCAUGUACAAUGAUUUUUGCACAUAUUAUGCCAAAGUGAACCAAUUAAACUGAUCUAAUUAUGAUCACUUUAUAGUGAAGCACAACAAAACAUAUUUCCCACUCCUAAGUUUAAGUUCAACUCAUAAAAUUGGUCAGUUUUGAAACGUGAGAGACAGAAAACCCGCCAGCCUGUGUGCUAAGAACGAGAAUUAAUACCAAGCAAAAUAACUACGUUUGGUCCAAGUGUGAUCUGAAGAAAGGACAACGCAGGAUCCUUCAAAUGAAUUUGGAAAAAACCUGGUUAAAGUCUGAAUGAUGAACUCUGGAGUGCAUCUUCCAUCUCCCUUUAAAACGACCAUAACUGUCUGAAAAACCUUUGUACAGGAUUUCACAACAUUCAUCUGCUUGCAUUUAAAAUUAUUAGUGGACCAAUAAAUAAGAAAUUACAAGAUGCUG